UCGGCCAACUCUGGUUGGCCUCGGCUCUUUUUGGAGACUGGCCAAAAUGGCGGCGGCGACCGCUGUCGUCGUCUUGCGUCGACUGGAACAUUUCGCGGUCGGGCCUGACAUUUUGCCUCAGUUUCCACCGUGCCGUUUCGUCUCUCGCUGCAGUGUCUUUCCCCUCCGCUCUCUCGUGCAAGAGUGAAGCGACGCACAGCUCGCAGUUUCCGCGAGGUGUAUCACGGAAGAGGAGGCAGAAAAGAGAGUGAUAAAAAAAGUUUUGAAAGCACGGCAAGGUCGGUUGGCUGAAUUGCUCUGGCUGUGGAAUAGCGUAUGCUUCCCGCACUGUGCCUGCGUUGUACUGUGGAUACUCUGCCUUUAGUGUGAAGUGUGGAUCUGCUUUUCCCUGCCCUGGUUCUGGCGGUCUCAACUGGAUUAUGAGGAGACCGUGUUGAGCACGAAUGCCUCCUCCUGACGCUCUGGGAGCCCCUCCUGUGGCGUGGUGGUGGAGCUAGCAGCCGAUGCGUCGGCACAGGAGUCCCCACGGGGGGUCCCGGCUGAGCGCACUCCGGGCCUCGACCCCUGUGUGCCUCCAGCAUGACGACGAACCGUCGGAGUCUGCCACUGCUGUGGUCACAGCUCUGGCCCACCACCAGCAGCACUGCACUCGACGACGCCGGUCAAAAUCCCGUUCCAAGUCGCGUUCCAAGUCCCGAUCGCCCGACAGCCACCGUCGUCCUGCUUCUUCGUGUUCGUCGAGCGGCCGAGGCGUCCUCAGCUUGGACCAGGAGGUUGGGCUGAGCGACGCUGUUCUCCUGGAACCCAUCUCGGAAGAUGCCUUCCUUGCCAACCUCCACCAACGUUUUAAAAGGGACCUCAUUUACACGUACAUUGGAAGCAUGGUAGUAUCCGUGAAUCCGUACAAGAAGUUGGCAAUCUACUCUCCGGAUAUAGUCGAGGCAUACCAGAGGUGCAACAUGUCCGAGCUGCCUCCGCAUAUUUACGCGGUGGCAGACGCGGCGUACACAUCUCUUCGGGACCGGAACCUCGACCAGUGUGUCAUCAUCACUGGAGAAAGCGGUGCUGGAAAGACGGAAGCCAGCAAGCUGAUUUUGCAGUACGUGGUGACGGUAUCAGGGCAAGAAACAGAAGUCGAUGCAAUCAAAGAGCACCUCCUGCAAUCAACGCCGGUGCUUGAAGCUUUUGGCAAUGCUAAGACACAUCGGAAUGACAAUUCGUCUAGAUUUGGCAAAUGCAUGGACAUCGAGUUCGAUUUCAAGGGAGACCCCAUUGGCGGUAACGUCACAAAUUAUCUUUUGGAAAAGUCAAGAGUCAUUUCUCAUUGUCAAGGAGAGAGGAACUUCCACAUAUUCUAUCAGUUGCUAAGUGGUGCUGACAUAUACUUGUUAAAAACGUUAAAACUUCAGAGGAACACGGAAAACUACGCGAUUCUAAAAAGUACAAGAAGCACACAAGCGGAGAGCACAGACGACAAACAUAAUUUUGCACUAACAAAGAGGUCAAUGGAAGCUUUGGGAAUGAGCCCGGAUGAAAUCUACUCUGCCUUACAAAUCGUUGCCGCGGUCCUAAAGCUCGGGAACCUUCAAUUCCAGCCACACGCAAACAUCGACGAUACCGAAGGGUGCUCACUCAUCAACGAGUAUGAGAUUUAUGAUAUCUGCGAAUUGCUCGGCACAAAAUUUGCAUCGCUACACGUUGCCUUGACCCAGAGAGUGAUCGAUGCCAGGCACGAAGUCGUCGUCACAGACCUUUCAGCCACGGAAGCCACUUAUUCCAGGGAUGCCUUAUGCAAGUCUCUGUACAGUCGUUUAUUCACUUGGUUAGUGAGUCGAAUAAAUGACAGUAUUAGGGCAAAACGAAUGGGGAAAAGAAGAUGCCUAGGUGUUGUAGACAUAUAUGGCUUUGAAGUAUUAGAGAGUAACAACUUUGAGCAAUUUGUUAUAAACUAUUGCAACGAGAAACUUCACCAGCUCUUCAUAGUACUUACACUCAAGCAGGAGCAGGAAGAAUACAUUCGUGAAGGUAUUCAAUGGGAGCACAUAGACUACUUCAACAAUGCAAUAAUCUGUGACCUCAUUGAGAAGAACAACCACGGUAUUCUUGCCAUGCUGGAUGAAGAGUGCCUUCGGCCGGGACCCGUGAGUGAUGACGCGUUCUUGCACAAGCUGACCAAAGCUUGCCAGGAAAGCCCUUACUUUGAGAGCAAAGGCUGCAAGAAUUUACUAGCGGAUGUAUCCGUGCCUCCCCAGUGCUUCCGUCUUAGGCAUUACGCUGGUGCUGUUACGUAUUCUGUUGUUGGGUUCAUCGAUAAAAAUAACGACCACCUCUACCGUGACCUGUCCCAAGUGAUGUACAGCUGCGACCAUCCACUCACGAAGAUCCUUUUCCCUGAAGGAAACCCCAAACGGACGACGUUAAAACGUCCAACUACAACUGCCACGCAAUUUAAAAUUGCCAUUGGUGCUCUAAUCAAGAAUCUGCAAUCCAAGAACCCCAACUAUGUUCGUUGCGUAAAACCAAAUGAAUUGAAGCAACCCAUGAUUUUUGAAAUGGCGUUGGUUCAGCAUCAAGUUCGCUACCUGGGGCUGAUGGAAAAUCUAAAAGUACGCCGCACAGGGUACGCCUUCAGGCAGGACUACGAUGCCUUUCUGGAGCGUUAUAAGUUGCUCAGUCUGGAUACGUGGCCAACAUGGCCGGGCCUCCCUCGGGAGGGAGUGAAUCACAUUCUCAAGGACCUGCCAAUUCAUUCCUCGGAAUACGCCUUCGGUAGGACCAAGAUAUUCAUCAGGAGCGCAAGGACGGUGUAUGAAUUAGAAGAAUUUUGGCGUGAGAGGCUACACGAACUGGCAACUCUCAUCCAGAAGACAUGGCGAGGGCACGUUCACCGUGAGCGUUUCCUCCAAAUGCAAGAAAGCCAAAUCACCAUCUCUAGUAAUUUCAAAUGUUGGAAGGCACGUCGCGACUUCUUGCGUAAGAGGAGAGCUGCCACCACCAUCGCGGCAUAUUAUAGGGGAUGGAAGGCAAGAAAAGACUUUAAAAGAAAGAAAGAUGCGUUGACAAGGGAGCAGUUCCACGGCACGAGGCAGAUGAAGCGGAGGGAAUGGGCAGCCUCUGUCGUCGGCAGGUACUACCGGUUCUGGAAGCGGAGACGAUACCUGCUGUGGCUAGCACGCAACCUUCCUUCCGUGUCCCCGUUGGACCGAUCAUGGCCUCCUGCACCUCGCUUCCUCCAGCCUACCAGCCACCUCCUCAAGAAGCUCUAUCACAGGUGGAGGUGUCAAAGGUACAGGUUAAGGUUUGAUCAGACAGCACGAAAUCGAAUGCGGGAAAAAGUCACAGCCAGCAAUAUCUUCCGAGACCGGAAAGCUUCCUAUCCCAAAAGCGUGUCCCACCCCUUCCGCGGUGACUAUGUGCGACUCCGGCAAAAUAUCAAGUGGAAGCGGUUGGCGAACGAAACCGGCGAUCAGUAUGUUGUCUUCGCAGAUAUUAUAAGCAAGAUCACAAGGUCAAGUGGAAAGUGCGUGCAAACCCUGUUCGUCGUGAGCACGAACUCCAUGUUGGUAAUGGACCAGCGGACGCUUCAGAUCAAAUAUCGCAUUCCCGUGGGGGACAUCGUCAGGAUAUCUCUCAGUCCGUUUAUGGACGACAUUGCUGUAUUUCACGUACGGACGACGGAAGCAACAAGAAAAAAGGGGGACUUUCUGUUCGAGACAGGACACGUCAUCGAAAUUGUCACCAAGCUGUUCCUCGUCAUCCAAAACGCAACAGGAAAACCCCCUGAUGUUAGCAUCGCAACGGAGUUCGAAGUGAAUUUUGGCAAAGAGAACGUAGUCCUGGCAUUUCGUUCUUCCGGAACGAGCGACCUCCAGCCGGGGCAGAUCAAGAUUUCUCGCAAAGGAAACAGGAUGGAAGUCAUAUUAUGAGGAUCGCUUUUAUAGGAACUUUCCAAUUGCACCCCCAGAGAGCUCCCUAUGGAGAAGACAAUACUCUAUGCACAGCACCAUUUGCUAAGUGAGGGAUGGCAGCAACCAUGUUUCUCAGCCCUGUUCAGUAAUUUUCUCUCGUCGAGGUUAUUCAAGCGUUGACCAUGACCGACGUUGGCCGACGACAUUGUGCAUUUUAAAUCAGGGUUCGAAACUCUGCUUGAUUUGCCCUUGAUUGUUUACGAGAUACGUGAAUCUCGGUGCGUUUCGUUUAGCCUGUUCCAGGAGUACGUCUUUUGAGUGUAUGUUAUCGCUGCUUUGCAAAGCUUUAGUUCCUGGACGACGAGAGCAAUUUGUUGCUGCACUAAGUGCUUUGUGGUUCGCUGUGCACCAUAGAGACCCUAUAGACUACCUAUAGGUCAAGGAGGAUGAGGGCGAAAAGAAUAUCGAGAGGCUUGCCAGCCAAGUGGAUGGAGACUGGCUGAAGUACAGCCAUUGUUGUUGUUCGUCUGUGUAGUUUGUUUCUUCGGUCGCUAUGCGUAUCGGAGGGGUCACAAUUUUGGUAGCACUUCCUUAAAACUGGCAGGCGUGAGACAUGAUGGCACGUUUCUACAUAAUGACAUACGCGUGGUAGGCUUUAGAGAAUAGCAGAAUUUUGUGUAAGCCAUCUCACAUUUGGCCCCUAGAUAAUUUAUAGGAGCUCUAUGCGAACACAAGUGCCGCAAAUACGUUCUCAUCCAUUCAUUUGUAACACACGCUAGUCGUAUGCCAUAUUGCAUGUGUAGCUGUAGAUGAACCAGAGAAGGUAGCGAACGGGGUUAAUAUUGCUCAAACUAUAGGGUGCCAUAUAUCAUGUGAAGCACAAUAGAGCUUCCGGUCGUACCUAAUUUUAGUUAUAUUUUAUAGCCGACGCUAUCAUUAAGAUUUUAUAUGUACAUCGCGCGAGGUCGAGGUAUAGCCUUGUUUUCAGCAAGGCGCUACGCUUCGACAGCAAACAAUCGUUGCGUUUCUGUCCGGACCCGUUAUAAUUUUGCUUCGAAAACAGCAUUACUUUUGUUGCGCGUUCCCUUUACACGAGGAAUCUUAUUCGUACAAAACUCAGUUCUUAAACGUGUAAACAAUAACUGUUCCUUGUAGUAUUGUACAUGAGCAAAGUUUGGAAACUUGUUCUGGAUUUUUGGAGGAGCACUGCAGGUCUUUAGCUUAGACUGUUAGAACGUUCAACAAUUACUGUGCUAUACUGUAGUUCAACAUUAUAUAUCCACUCGUAUGUACAUAUUUCAUUAUUGUACAUAGGAACUUCGUACGUCAUAACUAAGGCAAUGUACCUAAAUUGCAUGCAGAUAGUUAUAACUGAAAUGUAGUUGACUUAAAGGAGCUUUUGUGGGCCAUUUUGUGUAUAUAGGAAACUCGAGGGCAGACGAGGUUACGAGAGCAUGGAGUGAGGCGACAGACGACAAUAGCACAGCUUACACGGCUUUAGUUGAAAGUCUAGAUGUGUAUGAAAUGAUAGAUGUACUUACGCAUACAUAGGAGAGGCACCCUUUCAGCGUCAUGUAUCCAUUGAACUGGUACUAUAUGUUGUGGUGUCUUGCUAAGACCUCAUCAACUCGGUAGCAAAAAUGUAUAAGGUCGAACUUUACACGACGUUCUCUGCACUGUGCAUACUUCGGGGAAGUGGUACGGAUGUGAACUUUACAAAUUUAGGCAACCAUAGUAGGCGGGAGGUUCUCCGUCUUCGUCUACCAGUCUGUGGUACACAAGUGAACUUCUCUGCUCACUGAUCCCAAAGUGGUUGUUUCGAUCCCGGACGUGAAUGAGUGCAUUUUGGUAUCACGGAAAAAGCUGCACAGAUACAUUGUCUUUCCCUAGGGAUGUUAAAUAGCGUAUGUCGCGUGCAUACACCUCAGCGCGGACGUUUCGAAAAAACUUCAAAUAAUCCACAUACUGAAACAGCAAACACUGAGUAAAGACAUAAUUAGUUCACGCUUAUGACCUUCUUAUGAUCUGAGUUGCACCAUGUCAAAUCCCGCCAUUAUCAAUCGUCUCUGAUUGUUCGUAAUCUUCAGCUAAUUUACCCCCUUCGAAAACGCGUUUUCGCCUUACGGUGCACAUCAGGAGGACACAUAUUAUUGUGUGUUGCGUCCGAUUGUUUCUUAGAUUUCUGUAGUUGUUUCGCUCUUAGUAAGACACCCUGUACAUAUUUCACAUAGGUACGUUUCCUUGGGAUGUCCAGCGCCACAAACAGUGUGCUUUAAGAACGACCAUGCGGCGAAAAUGUUUUUUCCGGAAGUGGCACUUGUUGUCAAUCUUUUCGUGUGUGUGUUUUUGUCCGUUCUGACAAUCCUUGGUAUAGACUCUUGUCACGCUACACUGCCAGACAAAAUAAUUACAGUGUGAUACAGUGUUCGUAGAGCAUCCAUUUCUAUUGCAUAAAAUAGAUGAUGUCGUUACUUAUUUCAUUUUUUCGGGACGCCCUGGAUGGGGUCAUAAGUGAUACAUCCGAGUAAUACUGAGGCUGACGGUUCAUGCCAUCCGGCUCACCUCAAAGGCGCAUAUAAGUUUUGUCUGUAUGAAAGCUCUUCGCAUUAUUUGAUAUCCACCAUCCUCGGCGUACAGGUUGUUUUUAUGACUGAUUCAAGUGUCUGCAGAUGUGAAAUGGAGGUACAGGCGUUUGCUCGUUGCAUUCUUUGCAUGUGCUCUUUAGCCCGUGUGUCCGAAUAGGCUCUGGACACAGCAGUAAAGAAAGCUUGAUAGCAGGUAGGUAGUACACGUUAGGCAGCCAAGUAUUUUGCAGAGGAUUUGCGGCCCUUGUUUAUUGAAAGUUCUUCGUUUUGUAAUGCAGAAUGCACUCUACAAGAAGAGGUCAGACAAAACGUGGUCAUAUCACGGACGAAUUCGUUUGGCUCCCCCUCUCCACCUCUUCUUUCGGAGAGGUGGUGAGUGGCAUCCAAGGACGUUCACGUGUGGGGGCGCCGGUGCUUCUGUCCACUUCUUCUUUCACUAACGUGAUAUGAUCGCGCUAUGCAUUUGCUUCAGUCUCUCUUGGCACGCGGGCGUAACGUUGCUGCGCUGUUCUAAUGGAGUAUGGUGAUAUGAAUCCGGCCUUUCGUUUUUUGUCGAGAUUCACUAGUGGUGGUUCCACAGCAGUAACACCAACCGAAUGCAAGAAUGCUUCGCCAUCUGGACCGCACGGAGAAAAGUUAUCACAAGCGUGCAGAACCAAUUUAAUUCGAUGCACGUUGGCUUUGUGACCGAAUCCCGUAUGCACUACGGGAUCUGUUAGAAUGCAUUCUGCAUAUGCAGAUUUGGCCGGGAUGACCAAAAGACCUUUAUUCUUUCAGUUCCCGUCUGUUCUCAGAGGCUUAAGCGACUUAAGUGGUGCGUAUAGUAGUUGCUUGUAUUGCGUAAGUUAUACUUUGUAUGCGUUAAGGGAGUGUAAGUAUAACCUGUAGGCUCUAUACGAGUGAUGCAACCGUAACCUUACAUUAAGGUGGGCUGCUGUUUCUUUAGCGUUUACAAUGUUACUGCUGUGUGGCAACCCCGAGCUCCUGGUUAGUGUUUUAUUUCUAGUUUAAAUGUCAGCAGGUUAGCAAUGUGGAAGCGUAAGAUUCCGAAGCGGUAUCCAAAUAGGAGGGCGCGCUGUCAUUCAUCAUGUGUACAUAUGGGAUUCACUGUCGUCCAGAUUAUGUACAUGUACAGGUCUAAUGACACAGCGAUCAUUCUGCACUGUACAGGUGUACAUAUGUUAUGUAAAGGUAGUUCUUAUAUAAGUAAGGUAUUGCUGCCAUCACUUUCAAGAAUAAUAACGAAUGGAGGGAGUGACUCGUUAUCUAGGUAUUCCUGUUGGAAAGGUUUAUAUCAUGAUCUACCAAAUGUUUUCAUACUAAUUUUGUAAUAAAAUCUAGAAUGAAAAGUUA